CUCAUCACGAUCGUUGUGAAAGUCAUCGGUGAGAAAACACCGUGAAGUGAGGAAACACCGUGAGUUUACUUUGGUGGAGAAUUUUCUCAUUUAAAUCGGCAGUGAAACCACGGAGCUAGACAUUUUUGCGCUGGGAGAACGUGCAGCAACAAAGCAACCUACAAAAACAAUCAACGGUCAGCGGACGAUAGUUUUCUCGACGAAGAAUUUGUAGACCUCGGUCUACCAGAAGUGUCCGCCAAAAUGAAUCGGGUAUCGACACAAAAGAAGGAAGGCAAGAUGCGAAUCCGUGCCUUUCCGAUGACGAUGGACGAAAAGUAUGUGGAGUCGAUAUGGACCCUGCUGAAGAACGCAAUACAGGAGAUCCAGAAGAAGAACAACUCUGGCCUUUCGUUUGAGGAACUGUAUCGGAACGCGUACACGAUGGUGCUGCAUAAGCAUGGCGAGCGGCUGUACACUGGCCUCAAAGAAGUCGUCACACACCAUCUGGAGACGAAGGUACGCGAGGAAGUGCUGCGCAGCUUCAACUGCAACUUUCUGCAGACACUCAACCAGUGCUGGACCGAUCAUCAGACGUCGAUGGUGAUGAUUCGUGACAUUUUGAUGUACAUGGACCGAGUCUACGUGCAGCAGAACGACGUGGACAAUGUAUACAAUCUCGGGUUGAUCAUCUUUCGCGAUCAGGUGGUUCGCUUUCCACGGAUUCGUGAUCAUAUGCGCGAAACGCUGCUGAAUAUGGUGAUGUGUGAGCGCAAGGGUGAAGCGAUCGAUCACAUUGCGAUCAAGAACGCGUGCCAGAUGCUGAUGGUGCUCGGCAUCAAUCAGCGCUGGGUGUACGAGGAGGACUUUGAGCGUCCCUUCCUGACGCAAUCGGCCGCGUUCUACAAGCUCGAGUCGCAGAAGUUCCUCGCCGAAAACAGUGCCAGCGUGUACAUCCGGCGGGUCGAGGCGCGCAUCACUGAGGAAGCGGAGCGGGCCAAACUGUACCUGGACGAGAGCACCGAGAGCCGCAUCGUGGAGGUGGUCGAGGACGAGCUGAUUAAGAAGCACAUGCGCACGAUUGUCGAAAUGGAGAACUCAGGCGUGGUGUACAUGUUGCAGAACACGAAAACGGAAGAUCUGGCCUGCAUGCACAAACUGUUUUCACGCGUUGGCGGUGGGUUGAAAACGAUCGCCGACUGCGUGUCGCAAAACUUGCGAUCGUUGGGCCGCAACUUGGUGAAAGAGGAGGAAAAUGGAAGCACGAACCCGAUCACUUUCGUGCAGAAUCUGCUCGAUCUUAAGGAUCGUUCCGAUCACUUCCUGAUCCACUCGUUCAACAACGACAAAACGUUCAAGAACAUGAUAUCGUCCGACUUUGAGCACUUCCUUAAUCUCAACAGCAAAUCGCCGGAGUAUUUGUCCCUGUUUAUCGACGACAAGUUGAAGAAGGGCUGCAAAGGAAUGUCGGAACAGGAAAUUGAAACCAUAUUGGACAAAACGAUGGUAUUAUUCAGAUAUUUGCAAGAGAAGGAUGUGUUCGAGCGUUACUACAAGGCACAUCUUGCGAAGCGGCUGCUGCUGAACAAAUCGGUCAGCGACGACUCUGAGAAGAACAUGAUAUCAAAAUUAAAGACUGAAUGUGGUUGUCAAUUUACCUCAAAAUUGGAAGGAAUGUUCAAGGACAUGUCCGUUUCGAACACAGUCAUGGAUGAGUUCAAAAAUCACAUCAGCAAUGACUGCACCGCCCUUGAGGGUGUCGAACUGUCCGUGCGGAUUCUAACGACUGGCUUCUGGCCAACGCAGUCGGUUACGCCGAACUGCAACAUCCCGCUAGCACCACGCAAAGCCUUCGAAACGUUUAAGCGAUUCUAUCUGGCCAAGCAUUCAGGUCGACAGCUUACACUACAGCCACAGCUGGGAACGGUCUAUAUGAAUGCCGAAUUUUAUGGCGUUAAGGUGGAGAAGGAAAAGGGCGACGGAAGUUGUAGCAGUUCCGCACCAUCGGGCAGCAGUAGCAGUCCACCGGCCACGACAUCCGGUUCGCAGGAUGCACCCAAACGGCACGUGCUUCAGCUAUCGACGUAUCAGAUGUGUGUGCUGAUGUUGUUCAACACCCGCGAAAGGAUGACAUACGAAGACAUCCAGCAGGAAACGGACAUCCCUAGUAAAGAUCUUAUCCGCGCUCUGCAGUCACUGUCGAUGGGCAAGCAGCAGCAACGGCUACUCGUACGAACACCGAAAACAUCGAAGGAAAUCGUCUCUACCGAUGAAUUUUACGUGAACGAUGCAUUCGUUUCGAAAUUCCACAAGGUAAAAAUUCAAACCGUCGCCGCCAAGGGAGAAUCGGAACCGGAGCGUAAGGAGACGCGAAGCAAGGUCGACGAGGACCGAAAACAUGAAAUAGAAGCCGCCAUAGUGCGCAUAAUGAAAGCUCGAAAGAAGAUGCCUCAUAACCUUCUUGUGUCCGAUGUUACGACACAGCUGAAGAGUCGAUUCCUGCCGUCACCGGUGAUUAUCAAAAAGAGAAUAGAGGGCCUGAUCGAGCGCGAAUAUCUGGCCCGCACUCCGGAGGAUAGAAAAAUCUACGUGUAUUUAGCUUAAACUGCUUUACGCGCCAAAUAUUGUUCCAACACCAGUUCUUGUGCAACCAGCAUGUUGUGCGUGUGUGUGUGGCCAAACUCUUAAACGGAACUCGAUUGGAUGAAAUGAGGGACAGAGUGUGAAGGGGUGGUGCAGGUUAGGAGGUGUUUAGUGUUGUUGCAAAUUGCAAUAAAUGGAGCGCAGCGCGCAUAUGAGAGGACAACUGUUUUGUCACACCCAAACCCGACAGCCGCGCGUCAUGCUGCAAGACGGAGCAACGUGAAAUUGUCUUUUAAACGGAUGGAUUUAUGGGGUGGGCAAUAGCAACUAACACAACAGCGGCGGACUAGCGCUCGGGAGUAUUUGGCCAAACGUGACAAACUUGUUCGGCGUCAGACAAAUAAGUAUAGAGACGAAUAAUUAAAGAAAAAAGGAAAUAAUACUAAAGUAGUUAAUAUGCGGUGGGCGAGGAAAGUUUUUCAUGCACUGAAAAAUGUGUAACAUCAUCUGAGAGAGGAAUGUCGCUGAUGGACAUUGAAUUGCGCCACGUCCACGUCUGCCAAGAGCCUAGUGGCCGUUUCUUAUGUCUGAUGCUGGUAACAGAUCGGCAUGCAGUGUUCAAUAGUACUAUCGAUAGCAUAGCGUUUUGGACAGAACAAAGUUAACGGAACAGAGAUGGACAGAUUGAUUCGUAAAAAUACAAUUGGAAAAUAUCUACUUUAAAAUUCAAGAGAGAGCACAUCAGUGACGCAGUUAACUACCAGUUGAAGGAGUAGCAGUUAACUUUGUGCCGGAAGCGCGAAGACCUCCUAGACCCCUAAUCCCCAGCCUACUACUAGCGAUGAUUGUGUUGCUGAGAAGCAGAGCAUAACCAUUAUAGUUCUUCUUUAUAUCCAAGUUGGCGUUGUUAGGAAUACUCUAAACCUGCUUUACAAGAGUGCUGCGCGAGUUUUUCGCGAAAAUUCAAGUAAUUUCGUUUACACAGGACGAUGGCGGCUCCCAAGAGUCUCGUUGGCGGGAAUGUUUGUCAAUGGGACUGUGAAUGUGUAAAUUCGGUUACAUCAUGCCGCUUUAUUUGGUUUUAACUACAGCAUUGUGACUCACGCAGCAGUCACCAAUAAAAUGCGCAAUAAAAUGUAAAAAUGAAAAAGAAAGAAUGAGCAUUAGGAAGGAAAGGAAAUAGGAGAGAAGUUAACUAAAUAGAGUUAGACAGAUAAAGGAAAGUUUUUCGGACUUUCCCACAUCUGUGAUCGACUGUCUACAUAUGUCGUGUUUUUUUACCUCCACAUCUAUUACACUCUAACGUUUGUUGAAGGUUCGAACGAAAUCUGAUCCAAAAGAUAUUUCGAUAGAUAUUCUCAUUUCUCAGAUAUCCGCACCGGAUUGUUUUCGCAGAUACUUUGAUCAAUCCGACUGUACAAAUCCCGAUCCUUGUUUUUUAAUUCUAUACUAACAUAAGAAAGUACAUUUUUUCUGUUCUCUGCGACUGAAGUUUGGGCAAAUGUGGAUUGUGUCCGUUUCGUUCGUGGAACCCGCACAAGAUGUGUUGCUGUCGUUUCUGGAAUUAUUUUGUUCCAUUCCCUUUUUGUUCGAACAUUCGAACCUAUUGAUAGAAAUGUUUUAAAUGCUUUCACAAAUAUGUAUUGUGCGUGUGUUUUGUUGGGUUUCCAUCCUGUCCCUUGCGUUGGAUCAACUCUCAGUGCGAUACGUUCAGUAGGCAACACGAAUAGUGCUAGAACAUGGGACAAGCAAUAGGUGACAACCUAAGUUAAGAACGA